GUGUCAGAAACGAACCGCUCGACUGCGGCAAGUAUACUGCAAUUUUUUGUUUCAUUCUGGAACUCUUUAAAAAAAUUCCACAUGAUUUGCUCAUGAUAAUAAUGAAUUUAGUGAGAAUUGAAAGUGAUCAGAAGGAGUAUCGUUGUUUCUGUUUGUGAGUGUAAAAACUAAUCGUCCAAACUGGCGACCGACAGUGAUAGUAAGUCAAACAUGGCUUCUUCGGCCAGAAUUAUCCAAAGUAGUUCGGCAUGGUUUCAAAAAAAGAUAAAUUUGAGACCACAACACAGGGGGGUACAUCUGGUCACCGAGGAGAUCCUGAGACAGGUUCCUGAGUUGUCCCAGUUUGCCAUGGGAUUGUGUCAUGUGCAAAUCCUUCAUACUAGUGCCAGCUUAGCCCUUAAUGAGAGUUGGGAUCCCGAUGUACGAGAUGAUAUGGAGAUGAUGUUGAAUAAAAUAGUUCCUGAGGGUUUGCCUUACAGACAUUCUUGUGAAGGUCCAGAUGACAUGCCAGCUCAUGUGAAAGCAUGCUUUCUUGGCUCAUCCCUUAGCAUACCAAUCACAGAAGGUAAACUUAAUCUUGGCACUUGGCAGGGUAUUUGGCUCUGCGAGCACAGGGAUCAUGCAGGAUCUAGGAAACUGCUUAUCACUCUGAAUGGAUGUCUGAGAGAUGCAACAUGCACACCCUUGUCCCCUGUAAGUCCGAUGGCUAGUACAAGCAGUUAGGGAAAACACUCGGGUCACUCACUGUCCAAACAUUGAGUGGCUCGAGUGCCUUGGCCAAAUACAUCCAGUUCGUUUUUACUUUUCGGUUACAAAGGUGUACGCACAGAGACUCAAAAAAAUAUACUUACGACAAUAUGUACAUAAAUGUACAUUGUAUAAAAAUGAUUCUGUUGUUUAAAUGUAGUGUGAGAGGUUUUACUUUAAUUUUGAUCGUUCAAGAGUGCCAUCUGUGCGAAUCAUUCAGUGAAGAUUUCUUCUGAUUUAUUUGGAGGUGUCAUCGGUUUUGAUUGAUAUGCGACGUUGGUAUGUCUGGUUUUGUUUUAUUUGUUAUCUAGUGGAAGGAGUUUAUCGUGGAUUUAUGCUCAAUUGGAUAUCUCUAGGUGGUUGAAAAAGAAAAAUCUGUGUCUUUCAUUUUCUCAACAUAAAUAAGCAGUAAAAAUUGAAGUAAAUAUUCAAUAAAAGACCAAGGUUUGUAACAUUGCAGUUACUAAUCAUGACUUCCAAGAAAUUCAGUUUUUUCUUUGAAAAACUCAAUAAGUGUGCAAAGUUUGAUAAAGUUUACUUCACUUCUAUAGGACACUAACAAAUUGUCAAAAUCGUCUGUUGCUGUUAGUAACCAUGGGGCAGACAGAUUGUUGUAAAAGAUUUCCUGCCUUACGGUACCAACGGCAACCAAAGAUUUUUACAAUGGUUAGAAUGCCAAUUGAAAUAAACUGAAAUGAAUGAAGGUAAAAUGGCUUUCUACCAAUUCACAUAUCGUUUUGUCACCACAAAUCUGAGAAGACCCGGAAGUUCAGAUACAAGCAUGACCUUCAUUCAUUUCAAAAAGGUUAUUCAUGACAAUAAUUGUCUUUGUUACACUAGAUUCUUCUAUUCAAGGGAAAUGAGAGAUUUCCAAAUGGUGCUAAAUAAAAGGGUUUGUUUGUUUGUCAUUCUGUAAAUAAAUACAUUACGGGUUGUAUAUACAUA